CAGAUUAGUCCAAUCACAGAGCGUUAAGUUCAAGAUAACAAUGCAUGGCCGGACGUCAAACGCCGCAYAACGCACAUGGCUCACGCUUUUUAAAAUUCAGUUUUGAUAAUCAAAUUUAUGGUACAAUAUAAUGCGCGAAUGUGCAGUUGUGGACGGUGUGUUGUCAACAACAAGGCAUCAUGACAGCGGUGUUUUUCCGAAAUCGUUCUAUUUUUAUACUUUUUCCGAGCAUUAUAAAUUAUUUCUGAAAAACAGGUCUACCGGUCUACGUCUACCUUGUAGAGAGUAGACUGAACUACUUUAGCAGUAGUUUGUAAACAACGGUCAACCAGUUACAUAACAAGUGUUACAACGAAUGCAACGGUUUGGUCGAUCCAUCUUUUGUUAUUUAAUUUUCAAGUUUCUAUCAUUUCAGAUUUGUACAGUUAAUAGUUUUUUCUUUUGAGUAACAGUAUGUCGUUUUAAUUUUAAACUGUUUCAGUUUCAUACGAUUCUCCAGUCGACUAUAAUCACACAAAUCAUGAAUUCUACUAACAAGAUUCCUUGCUGUUCCCACUGCAAUAAUAAUUAUCACAUUGGAGAUGUACAUGGACCCAAGAUUCCAAUGUUAUUAGCUUGUGGACAUGAUAUGUGUAGAAAUUGUAUAAAAUACUUGUACAGGAAGAAUAAACGAGUUAUUUGUAAAGUUUGUCAAACUAAUACCAUGAUUAAAUGUGAUGACGAAAUAUCAAACAUACCAAUACACUACUUUAUAAUUGGUAAAGUAUGGUACUCAUUAUAUAACAAAAAACGUAAAAUAUAUCAAGAUAUAUCUAAUAUUAGGAUGACAAAAGUUCCUUCUUCAUUGUCUUUAAUCAAACCUAAAGAAAAUUGUCAAAAUUGUCAUAAAUAUGCAGCUUUCUUUUGUCAACAAUGCGAUGAUGUGUAUUGUGAAGAUUGUUCUCAAAAGAUUCAUAUGGAGAAUCGACAUGAUUUAAGCAAACUAGAUACCACACACCUUGAAUUUCUUCAAGCCUCCAAUUGUGACCUUCAUUUUAAAAUAAUUGACUUUAUUUGUACCACAUGUGAAAUGGAGUUGUGUUCAAUUUGUGCUGUUGAAAAUCACCGUCAUCAUGAAGUUCAUCAUUUGGAUAAAUAUAAUUUGAGCAAAGUACAACACUUACAUGAAUAUUCAUUAAAAGGAGACAUUUUUCUUAAAAAAUUGAAACAUUAUAGAGAUAAAUUCAAUGAAAAGAUACAAAAACAUCGAUGUUCUAAUUUAAAUAAGAAAAAAAAGUUUGAUCAAGAUAAACAAAGUAUAUCAUCAUACGUAUCUUCUGUAAUUGGUGCUUUACAGGAUUUAGAACAACAGUUAUACUAUGUGAUUGAUCAAGUUGAACAAUCGUCCACCAACUCUAUGAGCAAAGUGGUUGGCCAACUAAACAGUUUCAUAGACGAACUGCAAACCAAAUUGAACAUCUUAGACAUAGCGUUGAAAAAAAAUCAUUAUUCGUUCACUGCAAUGAUGAAUCACAUUGCUGACAUUCAGCGCAUGCUGGACACGACUUAUUAUUUGGCGAAGAAGAACAAUACGAAAAUAUCGUCAAUCGUUUUCGAUCAAAAUAUCUACGCCGCCAUUCAAAGUUCCGUGUUUUUCAAUAUUGACACUUCCGACCGUUACGUACUGGUAUGUUCACCCGACAUUUUGCCCGAAUACACCCUAAGCGCAACAAUCGGACUGAACUCGGACGAUAUCAACGCGCUGUCCGAAAGACGGCCGUCGUCCGUCUCAAGCAUGUUGUCGUCGACGAUGUCCAGCUGCAGCAAUUAUUCGACCGUUUCUGGUGAGGCCACCACCUCUUCUAAUGACGUCGCCGCUUCCUUUAGUGACGUUGCUACAGCUUUUUCUGGUGACGUCGCCGCUGCUGGUUUCGAUAAAGCCAAGACUAGCGGUGGUACCAUCGUCUACGGGCCUCCUCAAUUGGAGGUCGUCACAGAGGUCGUGAAAAAUAAAGUCGAGUUCGUGGUCGUGUCGCACGCCAACAGCCCAUCCGACUUUUAUGUGCAGCUUUGCGCCAAUUCUGCCGUCAAAGAUAGGGUCGACAACGAACUCAACAGACAUGUAAAAUCGGAACUUGGUGCUAUACCGGUGGAUCACGUGGAUAUAGACGAUGGCAUUAUAUACGCUGUACAAACAUCAGCCAAUGAGUGGUGCCGAGGAGUUGUACUCCACACCUUCAAUGAAGGCAAUACAAAUUUAUUCAGAGUACACUUAAUUGAUUACGGUUUUAUGGAGACUUUAACAGUCAACAGAAUUAGAAGCGCACCACUAAGUGUUGUCUCAAUACCGCCAUUAGCCUAUAAUUGUGCCAUAUACGAUUUGAAGCCAAAAUAUACAACUGGAUGGUCAAAUGAAGCAUACAUAUUAUUCAAUGAUUUAAUAUUAGCAAAGACAGGUUCAUAUUUAAUGUAUCCUUUGGAAGUAAAUGGUGAACGUAUUGAGGUUGAUAUAGUUUGGAAUGACCACUAUUGUUAUCCACUGUCCAUACGUGAUGCUAUGUUUUUUUUGGGCUACGGUUCUUAUGAGUAUUAUGUAAACGAUAAAUUGCAUAAACAACUUGUUGAUAUGUUGACAUUGUCUGAUAAUAUAAAAUUGGAAGAAGAAAAAAGAUACUCAGUAAUCAUAUGUCACUUCAUUUCUCCGACAGAGUUUUAUAUGCGAUUAGAUGAUGAUACUGCCCAAUUAGAAGAAGUAAUGAAUGCACUGAAAACAAUAUACAUACCUACUGCAGAAAAUACACUUAAAAACUAUUUAUUAUAUACACCACAAAUUGGUAUGGCUGUUGCAGCUAGAUAUUCUAUUGAUGGUCAUUGGCAUCGUGCAAAGAUAACAAGUUUUCCUGGAGAGCGUUUGGUUACUGUUUUUUAUAUAGAUUUUGGCAAUUCAGAAACAUUGCCUUGGAAUGAAUUAAGAGUUCUUGAUAAAAGCCUCAUUAAGAUACCACCACUUGCUAUAAAGGCAUCAUUAGCUGAUGUUAAUCCAGCUGUAGAUGGUAUAGAAAGUACCAAGUGGAGUGAUAAUGCUUGUGCUGCAUUUUUAAAUUUUUCAAAGGUUGAUUACGCUGAUGAUAAUCUGAUUGCUUUCAUACACAAAGUUGAUGGUGAUACACACAAAAUUGUUUUAUAUAAUCAUUCAUCAAGAGCUGAGAUUUGCUUGAAUAGUAAACUUGUAUCACAAGGAUAUGCCACUACAAUGGAUCCUGAAUCAUGUGUAUUCAAGAAAAAAAACACAAGAAAACAAAUGAAAAAACCAGUAUUACUAAACUCUAGAAAUAAAGAAGUAAUAAUACCAAACGAUGAUACUUUAUCAUUUACUAAGCAGCGAUCAGUUACUGAAAAUGAAAAUCAUGGUUGGAAAAAUAAGAAGAAAAAAAUACCUGGUAUACAAAUGUCAAUCAUUGAAGUUGUCAGUCCUGAUAAAAUAAUUCUAAAAAAAAUGAAUCAUAAUACUGAGAUAUUAACCGAAAAAAUGAACAAAGUUUAUGGAGAUAAAAAAAAAAACAACAAAAGAUUAGAUUGGAAAAUAAAUGAUUUAUGUNAAAUGCAAAAAGAAGUAAUAAUACCAAACGAUGAUACUUUAUCAUUUACUAAGCAGCGAUCAGUUACUGAAAAUGAAAAUCAUGGUUGGAAAAAUAAGAAGAAAAAAAUACCUGGUAUACAAAUGUCAAUCAUUGAAGUUGUCAGUCCUGAUAAAAUAAUUCUAAAAAAAAUGAAUCAUAAUACUGAGAUAUUAACCGAAAAAAUGAACAAAGUUUAUGGAGAUAAAAAAAAAAACAACAAAAGAUUAGAUUGGAAAAUAAAUGAUUUAUGUGCAAUAUUUAUUAAAAAGUAUGGAAAUUGGUAUAGAGGGAAAAUUAUUUACUUAGACAUAGUAAAUCAAAAGGUUACAGUUUACUUAUAUGAUUUAAAUGAAGCAAUUGAUAAAAUACCUUUCAAAACUUUACAUUUACUUGAAGACCAAUGUGCUCAAAUAAAAUGUGGAAUUCUACAUUGUGGUUUGAACAAUUUAGUUCCAUUAGGUGAUUCAGAUGGAGUAUGGCCUAAAUUUAGUUGUGAUCGUCUAAUUGAGAAAUUAAACAAAUAUCCCUCAGUAUAUUUCUCGAAUGAAACUAAGAAAAAUGAUAUUGCAUUUGGAGAAAUAUGGGUCAGGGACAUAGAAACUCCGAGAGCCUUGGAACCAGUACGUGAACGUUGGAGAAAUAUGAACAGAUAUAUGAUAGAACACGGUUUUGCUUUAAGUAAUAAACAAGAUAAAAUGGAUGGUGAAUAUUCAACCUCUCAAUCAGAAUCAGAACUCAAUUACUCUAAUGUAUCUAAAGAAAAUGAUAUAGUUGUUAACUCUUGGAUGCCUCCUGCUGGUUUGGUUGAAUCUCAAUUUACUUCAAUUGUGACAUAUGUUGAUAUGAAAUGCCAUACCUACUUUCAAAUUUUAGACGAGGAAACUUCUCAAUCAUUAAAGCUUAUUACAGACGAAUUAUAUGACAUAUUUUCCAAUAGCCAACCAGAACCAAUAAAUAUGAAAUGGAGUCAAGGACAGUCGGUUAUUGUUAAAUACCAUCAAGACAAUAAGUGGUACCGAGGAAUAAUCUUAAAAAUAGAUGAAAAAGGGGAGUUUACCGUACAGUUUUACGAUUUCGGCAACAUCGAGACGUGUAAGCACGAGGAUCUCCGGUCGACUUUGUACAUGACCGAAGUGCCCCAACUGUGUCACAAGGGAUACUUCAGUGUCAUUUUACCGAUUACGAAAAACGGGAAAUGGCCGAUACCCUCGCUCGACUUGAUACACCACAUGAUCGUUGAUAAAACUUGUAGGAUGACGAUCGACAUGGAUCUAUCGACUCAAGAUAUUUAUGCGAUCAAGUCCAUAAGAGAAGUCGAAAACAAUUUCGACAUAUUUCAAUAUCUGGUGUCGGGAAGAAUUGCCUACUUCACGUACGUAUCGGCGUCAAUCAUUGAUCUGGUGGACACGGACGAAAUAAAUAAUGAUGGCACAGCUGAAGACAGCAGUUGUUAUGCGGCCGACGAUAGCAAUUGUUWCGAGGCUGACGAUAGCAUUUAUGACGGUCCCAGCAACAACGGUUACGAUGACUAUACGGCCUACGUCGAUGGUGGAUCGAUCUACGACGACGGCGGACAGACCUAUGGCAACUAUGGGCAGACGUGCGACGGCUACGGACAGGCCUACGACGAGCGCGAGUCGACCUAUGACAAUGUGGUGGCAUCAACGAACGCGGUAAACAACACGGUGAGUAGCGUUGGUGCGCCGGCGACAUUGGACGCAGAUGACGGUGAGGAAUCCGGUUAUUCAAAGUUUUGUCUGGAACCCAACGAAGUGGCCGAGGGCUCCAUGUGCCGCAUCACCGGACCCACCAGCCUUACGCUGAUGAUCACGAAAAUCGGCGGCGUCGACCUGAGCGUCGCCAAAGACAAGAUGUACCAAGCAAUGGUCGACAAAUGCAGCGCCUUGCCGCCACUCGACCACAUCAUACCAGGUACUGCUGUCAUCGUUUAUCACAACGUGCUAUGGAGACGCGGUAUUAUUGAAGACAGUGGAAACUCGGUACUCUUGGUCGAYUUUGGCAUAUCCAUUAAGCUGAUAAAAAAAAAUCUGAGACCGUGUCUCGAAGAGUUUUUGAAAUUACCGAUGUUCACUAUCGACUGUCAGCUGGAAAACGUCAAACCGAGCGACGACGCCGAUGACGAAGAUGUCGUUAAUAAACUGUCGAAAACGUUGAGGGGCCUCAAUUUAAAAAUCAUCGGAAUCGUACGUAUAGAGUUCUAUUGAUGAUCGUUUUUAAAUUCAUAUAAUCGUGCCCGUUAG